GCGCCCCGGACGGUGCGCAGCGCCCGCGCCCCGGCCCUCCGCGAGCCCGCCGCCCGCCGCCCUCCGCCCGCCGCGGCCCCCGAGCGCCGGCCCCCGCCGCCACCCGCCGCCCCGGGCCCGCCACCAUGGGGCCCCGGCUCGGCGUCUGGCUGCUGCUGCUGCCCGCCGCCCUCCUGCUCCACGAGGAGCGCAGCCGGGCCGCUGCGAAGGGCGGUUGUGCUGGCUCUGGCUGCGGGAAGUGUGACUGCCAUGGAGUGAAGGGACAGAAGGGUGAAAGAGGCCUCCCGGGCUUGCAGGGUGUCAUCGGGUUCCCCGGGAUGCAAGGACCGGAGGGGCCGCAGGGGCCCCCGGGACAGAAGGGUGACACUGGAGAACCCGGACUGCCUGGAACAAAGGGGACAAGGGGACCCCCAGGAGCAUCAGGUUACCCGGGAAACCCAGGACUUCCUGGUAUUCCCGGCCAAGAUGGCCCCCCCGGUCCUCCAGGUAUCCCCGGAUGCAAUGGAACAAAGGGCGAGCCAGGGCCUCUGGGGCCUCCAGGUUUGCCUGGAUUCACUGGAAAUCCCGGACCACCAGGGUUACCAGGAAUGAAGGGGGAUCCAGGUGAAAUAAUUGGCCACGUGCCUGGGACCCUGUUGAAAGGCGAAAGAGGAUUUCCCGGACUCCCAGGAGCACCAGGCUCGCCGGGACUGCCAGGGCUGCAAGGUCCUGUCGGCCCCCCGGGAUUUACCGGACCACCAGGCCCUCCAGGUCCUCCUGGCCCUCCAGGUGAAAAGGGGCAAAUGGGCUUAAGUUUCCAAGGCCCAAAGGGCGACAAGGGUGACCAAGGGGUCAGUGGGCCCCCGGGGGUUCCAGGACAAGCUCAGGUUCAAGAAAAAGGAGACUUUGCCACUAAAGGAGAGAAGGGUCAGAAAGGUGAACCUGGAUUUCAGGGAAUGCCAGGGGUUGGAGAGAAAGGGGAGCCCGGAAAGCCAGGGCCCCGAGGAAAACCUGGCAAAGAUGGUGAAAAAGGAGAAAAAGGGAGUCCAGGGUUCCCAGGUGACUCAGGGUACCCAGGACUCCCCGGACGAGAAGGUUUCAAGGGAGACAAAGGUGAAGCAGGUCCCCCAGGCCCACCUGGAAUCGUGAUCGGCACGGGACCCUUGGGAGAAAAAGGAGAGCGGGGGUACCCAGGGUCUCCAGGGUUGAGAGGAGAGCCAGGCCCCAAAGGUUUCCCAGGAUUACAAGGCCAGCCAGGCCCUCCGGGCUUUCCGGUACCAGAGCUGGCAGGUGCUCCUGGCUUUCCUGGUGAAAGAGGGCAGAAAGGUGACCAAGGGUUUCCAGGCACAUCUUUGCCGGGACCAAGUGGAAGGGACGGGCUCCCGGGUCCCCCCGGGCCUCCUGGGCCCCCUGGACAGCCGGGUCACACAAAUGGAAUUGUGGAGUGCCAGCCUGGACCGCCAGGGGACCGAGGUGCCCCCGGAAGUCCGGGGCAACCAGGGCUGACGGGCGAAGUCGGAGAAAAAGGUCAGAAAGGAGACAGUUGCCUCAUCUGUGACACAGCAGGACUUCGUGGGCCCCCUGGACCACAGGGACCCCCAGGAGAAAUAGGUUUCCCGGGACAGCCAGGGGCCAAGGGCGACAGAGGCUUACCCGGCAGAGAUGGCCUGGAAGGACUGCCUGGACCGCAAGGUGUGCCAGGGCUGAUGGGCCAGCCCGGAGCCAAGGGAGAGCCUGGCGAGAUUUACUUCGACGCACGGCUCAAAGGAGACAAAGGGGACCCGGGCUUCCCAGGCCAGCCCGGGAUGCCAGGCAGAGCAGGCACUCCGGGGAGAGACGGCCACCCGGGUCUGCCCGGCCCCAAAGGCUCCCCGGGUUCAGUAGGGUUGAAAGGAGAGCGUGGCCCCCCCGGAGGAGUUGGAUUCCCUGGCAGUCGUGGCGACAUCGGCCCUCCUGGGCCUCCAGGGUUUGGCCCCAUCGGCCCCGUUGGUGACAAAGGACAAAUGGGUUUUCCAGGGAACCCUGGACCCCCAGGCCAGCCAGGUCCCAAGGGUGAAGCUGGACAAGUUGUGCCCCUACCUGGUCCCCCCGGAGCACAAGGACUUCCGGGGUCCCCGGGUUUCCAAGGACCCCAAGGUGACCGAGGUUUUCCUGGGACGCCGGGAAGGCCAGGCCUCCCGGGAGAGAAGGGUGCCGUUGGCCAGCCCGGAAUCGGAUUUCCAGGGCCUCCUGGCCCCAAAGGUGUUGAUGGCCUGCCUGGAGACGUGGGACCUCCCGGGAGCCCAGGCCGCCCAGGAUUUAAUGGCUUGCCUGGCAACCCGGGUGUGCCCGGCCAAAAGGGAGAGCCUGGCAUCGGUCUGCCUGGACUCAAAGGGUUGCCUGGUCUUCCCGGCAUCCCUGGCACACCUGGGGAGAAGGGAAACAUCGGGGGACCGGGCGUUCCGGGAGAGCAUGGUGUUAUCGGCCCCCCAGGCCUCCAGGGAAUCAGAGGUGACCCAGGACCACCCGGAUUACAAGGUCCCAAGGGAGCCCCUGGAGUUCCUGGGAUAGGCCCACCUGGAGCGAUGGGCCCCCCUGGAGGACAGGGACCACCAGGGUCCUUAGGCCCUCCUGGACUGAAGGGAGAGAAGGGCUUCCCCGGAUUUCCAGGCCUCGACAUGCCAGGCCCGAAAGGAGACAAAGGGUCCCCAGGGCUGCCCGGCCUGACAGGGCAGUCUGGGCUCCCCGGUCUUCCCGGACAGCAGGGCACGCCUGGCCUUCCCGGCAUUCCAGGUCCCAAGGGAGAGAUGGGUGUCAUGGGGACCCCGGGGCAGCCCGGCUCGCCAGGCCCGGCAGGAGUGCCAGGAUUGCCCGGAGAAAAAGGGGACCACGGCUUCCCGGGCUCCUCGGGGCCCAGGGGAGACCCCGGCUUCAAGGGUGACAAAGGAGAUGUGGGUCUCCCUGGCAAGCCUGGGUCCAUGGAUAAGGUGGACAUGGGCAGCAUGAAGGGUCAGAAGGGAGACCAAGGAGAAAAAGGACAAAUUGGACCAACUGGUGAUAAAGGAUCCCGGGGAGACCCUGGAACCCCGGGAAUGCCGGGAAAGGAUGGCCAGGCAGGGCAUCCCGGGCAGCCAGGACCUAAAGGUGACCCCGGCAUCGGCGGGACCCCGGGGGCUCCAGGGCUCCCUGGACCCAAAGGAUCGGUUGGUGGAAUGGGCCUGCCAGGAACACCCGGAGAAAAAGGCGUGCCUGGGAUCCCCGGCCCGCAGGGCGUCCCUGGCUUACCCGGGGAGAAAGGCGCAAAGGGCGAGAAAGGGCAGGCAGGCCUCCCUGGCAUUGGGAUUCCGGGCCGGCCUGGCGACAAGGGAGAUCAAGGGGUUGCAGGAUUUCCGGGAAGUCCUGGAGAGAAGGGAGAGAAAGGAAGCGUGGGGAUCCCGGGGAUCCCUGGCUCUCCUGGCCCUCAAGGAUCCCCUGGGAGCGUUGGCUAUCCAGGAAGCCCUGGCUUGCCUGGGGAUAAAGGGGACAGAGGCCUCCCAGGAUCAGCUGGCAUUCCCGGUGUCAAGGGAGAAGCAGGUCUUCCUGGGAAGCCUGGCCCCGUGGGCCCAGCUGGCCAGAAAGGGGAGCCUGGCAGUGACGGAAUCCCGGGGUCGGCGGGAGAGAAGGGGGAACCAGGCCUGCCUGGAAGAGCAUUCCCAGGGUUCCCAGGGGCCAAAGGAGAGAAAGGUUCAAAGGGUGACGUGGGUUUCCCGGGACAAGCUGGGAGUCCAGGAAUUCCCGGAUCCAAAGGAGAGCAAGGAUUCAUGGGUCCCCCGGGGCCACAAGGACAGCCGGGCUUACCCGGAGCUCCGGGCCACGCUGUGGAGGGACCUAAAGGAGACCGGGGCGCACAGGGUCAGCCUGGCCUGCCAGGGCUUCCGGGACCCAUGGGGCCUCCGGGGCUCCCCGGGCUUGAUGGACUGAAAGGUGACAAAGGAAACCCAGGCUGGCCGGGGGCUCCCGGUGCUCCAGGACCCAAGGGAGAUCCAGGAUUCCAGGGCCUGCCUGGAAUCGGUGGCUCUCCAGGACUCACAGGCUCUAAGGGUGACAUAGGACCUCCGGGAGUUCCAGGAUUUCAAGGUCAGAAAGGCCUCCCCGGCCUGCAGGGAGCUAAGGGCGAUCCGGGUGACCAGGGCUUCCCUGGAAGCAAAGGCCUCCCUGGGCCCCCAGGCCCCCCAGGGCCCUACGACAUCAUCAAAGGAGAGCCAGGACUCCCUGGUCCAGAGGGUCCCCCAGGUCUGAAGGGGCUUCCGGGACCACCAGGCCCCAAAGGACAGCAAGGUGUGACAGGAUCCGUGGGCUUGCCUGGACCUCCAGGUGUUCCUGGUUUUGACGGUGCUCCUGGCCAGAAAGGAGAGACGGGACCCUUUGGCCCCCCUGGUCCAAGAGGGUUUCCAGGCCCACCAGGCCCCGACGGGUUGCCAGGAUCCAUGGGUCCCCCAGGCACCCCAUCUGUUGAUCAUGGCUUCCUGGUGACCCGGCACAGUCAGACGACGGACGACCCGCAGUGUCCUCCUGGGACCAAAAUUCUUUACCACGGGUACUCCCUGCUCUACGUGCAAGGCAACGAGCGGGCGCACGGCCAGGACUUGGGCACGGCUGGGAGCUGCCUGCGCAAGUUCAGCACGAUGCCCUUCCUGUUCUGUAACAUCAACAACGUGUGCAACUUCGCCUCCCGAAAUGACUACUCCUACUGGCUGUCCACCCCUGAGCCCAUGCCCAUGUCUAUGGCGCCCAUCGCCGGCGACAAUAUCAGACCGUUCAUUAGCAGGUGUGCGGUGUGCGAGGCUCCGGCCAUGGUGAUGGCCGUGCACAGCCAGACCAUCCAGAUUCCGCAGUGCCCCAGCGGCUGGUCCUCCCUCUGGAUUGGCUAUUCCUUCGUGAUGCACACCAGUGCUGGUGCCGAAGGUUCUGGCCAAGCCCUGGCAUCCCCCGGGUCCUGUCUGGAAGAGUUCAGGAGCGCGCCAUUCAUCGAGUGCCACGGACGUGGGACUUGCAAUUACUACGCGAACGCGUACAGCUUUUGGCUUGCCACGAUCGAGAGAAGCGAGAUGUUCAAGAAGCCCACGCCGUCCACCUUGAAGGCGGGGGAGCUGCGCACACACGUCAGCCGUUGCCAAGUCUGUAUGAGAAGAACAUAAUGAAACCCAGCCCUCAGCUAACGUACAACAUGGUGCUACUCCCUCCUCUCCCCCUUCUCUUGUUAACAGCAACGAACCCUAGAAAUAUAUCCUGUGUACCUCACUGUCCAGUAUGAAAGCCGUAAAGUGCCUUAUAGGAAUUUGCCUAACUAGCACACCCCGCUUCGGUGGCCUCUACUCGCUGAAGGAGAAACAAAGAGCAUGAUAAGCUGUCAUAGUGACGCACCAAAUGGCACUUUUGAUGAAAUAAAAGAGUAAGUCUGUUCUUGAAGCCAAUGCACUGAUGCGUGAAGUACGAACUCCAUCAGAAAACCAAAGGGUGCUAGCAGGUGCGCGGGGCCUUCCGUUGUGUCUGAACGCCUGUGUCCACUCUUGUGUUGGGACAGGUGCAUUCCCUCCCCCCGGAUGGGAUGUUUGUUUACGUCACCGUCAAGCUGUUUCCAAACGCAGGUCCCUGGGCCCGUACACGAGUGGGUCCCGCGAGAACAGUGUUCCGGGCCUGCUGAUGGAAUGGCUCAGCCGCCGAAUCUUCCAACCCCCAGACGUAAAUGUAGGUCUUUCUGCUCUGUGUGGUACUAUGCAGCUGCUUGUGCAGAAAUCACAAAUUUCCUGUGGAAUAAAGAUGGUCCAAAAGUAGGCAGAAAUUAAAUAUAUAUAUUAUUUUAGUAAUUUAUAUAGAUGUCAGCGAUUAGGUCAAAGGUUUGUUUCAUUUCCACUGUUAAAAUAAAGCUUACGUAGUUUCUUCCUUGAAAAGACUGUGUUGUCCUUUCACAUAGAUUUUUAAACACCCGGGUGUUGAAUGUGACACGUCCCGUUUUCAUUGUUCACCUCCAAACCAAAACGCAUGUAUCGCCAAAGCCAAACCCAGGUCCACGAGCGCGGCGUCUGCUCCAGUGAAACAUGUACUCUGAGCUUAUUGUUUGUAUUCUGUAUUAAAUGUCUUCAGGGUUUUAAACACUAAUCACAACCGAAUGACCUGACUUCAGAACCAGCAAAACCGUAAAAGGCCUUCGUUUACUUCGUAUUCGUCGUUCUGCGGCCUGGUGUGCAAAACAGCUCAUUUGAACCCUAGUAUCAGUAUUCCCCCCGUGUAAGCGCCUCCGGGUGGCUUGCUCGCUCUGGCGAGCUGUGUGCAGACGUCAGCAGGGAGUGGACGGAUCACAGGAGAGCAGGAUUGACCACUGGCAAUGACCUUGCACUGUCAAUGCAAGGCAAUGACCUUGCGCCAAAAGUCUCCAACAUGGUUUUAAGACUACUAAGGCCUUUUAUGUAAUUUCUUUACAUGUGUAUUUCUUACAAAUUCAAAUUUGUAAUAAAACUAUUUGUAUAAAAAUUAAGCUUUUAUUAAUUUGUUGCUAGUAUUGCCACAGAAACAUUAAAAGUUACUGCACCGGCCACUAAUAAAUUUGUAAGCGCUGCAUGCCUUA